UUUCAAGUUCGGAAAAUUUUAUAUGUUCCUUUGAGAUCAUGGAAGACGAGAGCAAAAGUACUACUCUGCUUGAAAUUGAUGAUAAUAUUAUACGAAAACAAUUGAUAUUAGAGGGAAAUGUGCCACAGGAGCUUGACACCCUGUUUCCCAAGGCCUCACCCCAUGAGCGAGCCACUACCAUCAAACCCAAGCCAGGCAUCUGUGUGAAGACCAGAGAUGACCAGAAGAAUAAAGUGUUCAUCAAUGUUUGCACCUCUGAUGCCAUCCCAGCUCCUGAGGACAUUACUGACCAAGAGUUGAUAACCAUCCUGGAAUCAGAGGCCCCAUCAGAUUUUCGUGUGCCCAUGUCCAUCGGCCAGCCCCACUAUGAAAAGGACAAAUCGGGUGAAUCGUGUGUUGCAUAUGAUGUCAUUAUUAGCCCCCAGUUUUUCCUCAAGAUGACUGACAAUCCACUCUUCCAUAAUUUCUUCAUGAUUGCUACUUUAGAGGGGUUAGAGGAAAAGUACUCACUCAAAGUAGACAAAAAUGGAUGGAUUGUAAUGAAAAACAAAAAAUACCAUGGAAGCAUUCCAGAGCAGACUGUUCGUACAAAUAUUCCUCUGGUGCAAGAACUAAGUAAAGCGAGACACUGGAAUCCAGAGGACAUACCAGGAACUUCAUCAGGCACUGCUCCCCCCAGUCAGCCACUAAUAACUGAAUUAUCCACAAAAACCUUAACUUCAAGCCCUGUGAAAAUAGAAAAAAAGAAACCCAAAUUCUUGAUGAAAAAAAUUCCUGAUAAAAAUGGUGUAGAAAACUUAAUAGCUGAAAUUAAUUUACCCAGUAUGGUGACAGGUCAUGAGGUUGUCGUAGAUGUUGGUGGAGAUCGCUUGGUUGUCGAGAGUCCCAAGAACCUCCUGGAUGUGUUUGUUCCACUAUCCCUUGACAGUAAUAAUGCUGAAGCUCACUUUGUUACAUCUACAAGGGUUCUUGUUGUUAGAGUUCCAAUUCUUCAUACGUGAUGCCAGGAGUAAUGGCUUGCUUGAGGCUUUUAAUGUCAUUCAGCAGGAGAUGAGUUCAUUAUUAUUUUUCUCAGAGUUGGAGAGACAAUUGUGAGAAAGCAAAAGUUAUCUUCAAAAGGUAUGGUUUUAGAUUCCACUGUUAUUUGCUCUUUAGAUUUUUCCUUUACAUUACUUUACUUUGCUCUUAUUACAUCCACUAUAAUUUUACAUUUCAAAAUUGAUGCUGAAUAUCCUACACAAUAAAGGUUAUUCUGAAUUUAAACUUUUACAAUUUUUUCCUGUCCUGAAUAUGUAAACAAACAAUUAAAAUAAACAUUUAAACAUAUUUUA